AUUUUGUCUUUUAAAUGUGUUCCUAACUCCGACUCUGUCACCUGUCACGGAGCCAACAAGAGAAGAAUUUCUAAUUUCUUUUCAAAGAUUUCUUAAACGUUUCUGUAUCAAUACCUGAUAGGAGCGUGACAAAGUUAUAUUACAGUACAAAGUCAUACUGUACAGAAAGAACACAUAGCUGCGGUGCGGUGAGCCUGUAUGAAUAUUUGGUUUCGGUUUCUUGGCAUCUGAUGCAGUUUGAGACUGAAUGUCCUGUUGUUAAAGAGACCCGGUCAUGAAAUGAUGCAGCAACCCUUUCGACUGCCUUCCAGUAUCACUGUGCAAUUCCGUUAAAGAGGCAGAGUUCAUUUAGGCAUGCAGCCAGAAGGAAAAGGAAAAACAGAAUGUUCUCUUUGAUAAACUGCCAGUGAAUAAUAACACAAAGCGCCACAGAGGUUUAUCUUUAUUGCCACAUCUUGUGUUACUGGUGGUCACACCACAAAAGAAGUCUGCGCUCCUGAAUUGAAUUCUUCUCUGGUGCCGCCUCUGUUUCCUGUAAUACGAGAAAUACACUGCUGCUGUCAGCACAUUCUACCUUGUGCUUUACAUUAGAUGGCACUGUGGUGAGAGACUUUCAAUUCACAGCAUACGUGUGUCAGCAAAUGUGUGUCAGCGAAUCUUCAGCACACCAGUGCUGUAGUUACAGCAGCUGCAUUUGUUAACUUUAUGAGAGAGGUUGUAACUGAGUUACUGCAUGCAUGCAUGCAUGUGUUCACUGACCUGAAGAUUCUGGAGGGCCCUGUGAAGAGGAGAGCAAUUGUACAGGUCUGCUCUCUGCCCUAUCAGACAGACUCAGAUGGAAACUGCAACUCAUCAACAGAGUACCUGUUAGAUGGUUCCAACCUGUGCUGCAAGAAAUGCCUCCCCGGACACCGACUGAAACAAACAUGCUCCGAAACUACUGAGGCUGUGUGUGAACAAUGCCCAGCAGGCCAGUACAUGGAGGGCACGAAUUACUCUCCUAACUGCUUCUCGUGUAACAAAUGCAAAUCAGUCAAAGGUCUGAGGGAAGUCCAGAACUGCUCCCCUACCACAAGGUCCAAGUGUGGGUGCCAGUCUGGGAUGUACUGCAUCAUGGGAUUUGAUGACCCGUUCUGUUCAGAAUGCAGCAAGUACAAGCAAUGCAGAGUUGGUUAUGGAGUGUCGGUGCCAGGGACGGCUGACUCAGAUGUGAAGUGUGAACGGUGCCCCGAUGGGACGUUCUCCGAUUCAGUCUCCUCCAUGGACCGCUGUCGGCCUCAUACAAACUGUCAUGGGAGGGUUGUUGUUAAAAAAGGCGACGCUACCUCGGACACCGAGUGUGAAUCCGAGGUUCUUACAUCCAGCACAUGGCUUCAAAACUCAACAGAAUGGCCUCACAUUGAGAUUUUGCUCACAACUGCGAGUACAGUGAUGAGCACAGUCUCAGCAACCUCAGACUCCAAGACGCCACGUGGAGUGACAGACUCAACACCGACUUUCAACUCUCUUUCAGAGGCAACAACCAAAAACCCACCACACAGCACAGUAUCCGAUGGCAAACUGGCUGCAAUCAUCAUCAGUUGUAUUGGAGUUCCUUUCAUUGCCAUCAUUGUGCUGUUCUGUUGGAGAACAGUGAAGAAAGAUGCUGCCAGAUUUCAUCCUAAAGUAGAUGCAAAUGGAAAUUGUGAGACUGGCGAUAAAAUCAGUCAGAGUUAUUUGGGGGCAGUCCAGCAGACUUCAUUCACAGUAACCUCACCAGAACAACAGUGUCUGCUGGAGAAAGCGGAAGCCAACAGUGACCAGAGUGGUUGUGACAAUAUUGAAACUUUGACCCGAACAGACGACUGCAGCAGCUACAAUUCCAUCGGCCCUUUGCAAUCCACCAUAGCUCGUGAAGGUCCACACUCUGAUCUGUCGGAGCCCAUGACUUUACUUUCCAACACAGAGCCUGUUGCUCCCCAGACCAGCAUCCCCACACAGUGCUCCUCUCAGCCCACCAGCCCACAGAUCAUCAGCCCCGUGACCACCAGUCCACACGUCAACGUCAACAUCACUUUCCACAUAGGAAAUGGGUCUGGCGGGACACCGUCUGCCAUACCCUCAGACUUUAUGCAUGUAAACUCUAAACCCCACUUUGUAGAGGAAGAGGAGUCCUUUAGCAUCCCACAGCAAGAAGCUGGCAAGCAAUCACUGAUGUCAGUGCAGGAAAGCUCAACUUACAGUGCAUGAAGAGUCACAUACAGGAAAGACUAUUCUGUUUCCAUAUCAAAGUCAUCAACUGCCACUUUGUGUGUUUAUAUGUGUAUAUAUAUAUAUAUAUAUAUAGUAUGCUCUAAAUAAAGAUGUGAAUAUUGUCUUUCCUUCAGUGAUGUAGAGCAAGUACAAGUAGUUGCAAAUUAAAAAUAGAAAUUAUGAUGUGGUCUACAGUCAUCAUAAGGUGACAAGCGUUACAAUCAAGUCUUUCAUGUUAUUACAAGAGUAUUAAUUAUU